AAAAGGGAUACAUUUAUUGUCAACUAUCUUGGUAUGUUGAUCUAUAUAUGCAGCUAAAUGAAGCACAUUUAGGUACUAGCAGUCAGCGAUCGCAAGCAUACUGAUAUGAAAUCAUUUAUGAUUCUUUCUUCAUACUCUCCCUCUUGUGUCCUUUGGAUUCUGACUGGCUUAGCACUAUGCUUUUCUUGCUGUCUGUGUGAUGAAAGCUCAAGUCAUAUUUUGUGCAUCAAAAGCGAGAGAGCAGCACUUUUGCAGUUCAAAACUGAUUUGAUAGAUGGUGCCAACAGGCUCUCUUCUUGGAAUAGCUACAACAAGGAUUGUUGCAAAUGGGCUGGUGUGGUUUGCAAUAACGUUACGGGUCAUGUCCAAGAGCUUCACCUUGGUGGACCUAAUGACGGGAUUCAUGGUCAUUGUCAUGGUUCUUACGACACAGAUGCUGAGCUUGAAGCAGCAUCAAAACAGAUGUUGGGAGGAAAUAUAAAUCCUUCCUUGAUGUCAUUGAAGCAACUUAAGUACUUGGAUUUGAGCUGCAAUGACUUUGGAGGGAUUCCAAUUCCAGCUUUCAUUGCGUCUCUUCGGAAUCUGAGAUAUCUUAAUCUCUCAACUUCUCAAUUUGAUGGACAGAUCCCUCCACAAUUAGGGAAUCUGACCAUGUUGCGUGUUCUUGAUCUCCGAUAUGGGCUGUGGGAAAGCAAUUUUCCUGUGAAGAAUCUGCAUUGGUUAACUAAUAUUCAUUUGUUGCAACGCCUUGAUUUAAGCGGCUAUGACCUUAGCGCUGAAAUUAACUGGCUACAGGUAAUGACUCGCUUUCCUCUAUUAGAAUUACGCUUGGCUUCUUGUUCACUUUCUCAAAUCCCUCGUUAUCUAAACACGCUGAAUUUCACAUCACUUUCCACCUUUGAUCUUUCCUACAACUCUUUUGAUUCAAGUUUCAUGCCCGGAUGGAUCUUCAAUCUAACUAGCCUCACUUCCAUCGAUCUCACUAACUGCUUUAUCCCUAAUCUAGUCCCUGGAGUGGACCCUGGUUUUCAGAAAUUAACAUCCCUAAGGAGUCUUCAUGUUUCUAGUAAUGAUUUUAUGAAUCAUUCAUCAGUGUUGAAGGGGGUAUCUAACUUAGGGAAUCUUGUAUCUCUAGAUAUGAGUACAUGUGGUCUUACAAAUCCAAUUCUCCAUGACCUUCAGAACUUGAGCUUACUUGUUAGCCUUGACUUGUCAAAUAAUAGAAUCAUUGAGAAGUUGCCUACUUCAUUGGUUAAUCUUUGCAACUUGAGGUUCAUUGAUCUUCAAUCUAACCUUUUGUUUGGUAAUGUGUCCGAGCUUCUUCAUAACUUCCUUGAAUGUAAAUCAUCGAAGUUGGAGACUUUCGGAUUUUGGGGCAAUAAUCUUCUUGGUUCUUUACCUCACAAGCUUGGAUAUCUAAAGAAUCUGAUAACCUUUGAUCUUGGAUUCAACUUCAUAUCAGGUCAAAUUCCAGAUUCUAUAGGAUCUUUGCCAAAUCUUAAGAUGUUGGUACUUAAUGCCAAUUUAAUCUCUGGUAGAAUUCCAAAUUCGAUAGGAAGACUUUCAUCAUUGGAGUGGUUAGAUCUGUCAAACAACCAACUCACCACAAGUCUACCUGAAAGCUUAGGGAACCUUCAAAAAUUGACCUUUUUCAGUGUUUAUAACAAUCUGCUGAAUGGUUCGGUCACUGUACGUCACUUCUCAAAUCUAACAGCGCUGAAAACUUUAAGGGCUGAGAACAACAAGUUAACCCUGCAUCCAAAUGUUCGAAAAUGGGUUCCGCCUUUCCAAUUACAGGUGUUGAGAAUAGGCUCUUGGGAUUUGGGGCCUCACUUUCCUUCAUGGCUUCAGUUUCAGAGAAACUUGACCGAGUUGGAUAUAUCACAUGCAAACAUUUCAGACAUCAUGCCACAUUGGUUUUGGAGUACGUUCUCAGGCAUAGAAUUCUUAAACGCUUCUCACAAUAGAAUCCUAGGAAAGUUGCCACAAGAUCUUGGUUUCCUCUCAAUAAAUGCAGUAGUAGAUCUUAGUGACAACGGUUUCGAUGGUUCCUUGCCCGCCUCUUUCAACAUACCUGACUUGCCUUUUCUUGAUCUUUCAUCCAAUCAUCUUUCAGGGUCUCUAGAGAAAUUCUUGUGUCAUGCUAUUCAAUAUUCAAGACCGUUAAAAGUUCUUAAUCUUGGUAACAAUGACCUGUCUGGUGUUAUUCCAGAUUGUUGGAAUAACUGGAAUUCUCUAGAAGUCUUAAACUUUGAGAGCAAUAGAUUAUCUGGUGGAAUCCCAAAGUCUAUAGGAGAACUAUCUUACCUUAAAUCUUUGAACAUAAGAAAUAACAAUCUUUCUGGAAUAUUACAUCUGUCAGUGAUGAGUUCAAAGAGCUUGUUGAUCAUCGAUCUUGCUGAAAACAAACUCACUGGAUUUACCCUGCCACCAAACUGGAGGAAAUCUACAAGGUUAAAACUUCUAAAUCUUCGUUCAAACAAGCUAUCUGGCAAGUUUCCGAAUGAACUAUGUGGUCUCCGUUCAAUUCAGAUCUUAGACCUUGCUGACAACAAUCUAACAGGCAACAUACCAACAUGUUUCAACAACUUUAGCAUAAUGUCAGGAAAAGAAAACUCAAGUGCUAUCAUUGUUUAUGAUGAAUUUGACCAGAACCAAGUUGCGGGCAGUGCAUCAUUGGUGACCAAGGGAAGAGAGAACUCAUAUAGUACCAUACUUUAUUUGGUUACAAACCUGGACCUUUCAGGUAACAAGUUUUCUGGGCACAUUCCUAAUGAGUUAAUGAGCCUUGUGGGGUUGCGUUAUUUGAAUCUAUCAAGAAAUCAGUUGACAGGAAGAAUUCCAGAGAACAUUGGUGAUAUGCAAUUGCUUGAAUCUUUGGAUUUGUCCUCCAACAUGCUUCAGGGACAAAUUCCAUCGAGCAUAUCGAAUUUGACUUUCUUGAAUUGGUUGAAUAUAUCUUACAACCGUUUGACAGGUAGAAUCCCUACAAGCACACAGAUCCAGAGCUUCAACGAGUCGAGCUUCAUUGGAAAUAGACUAUGUGGGACACCUCUUCCGGAAGUAUGCGGAUUAGCUACUCACGAUGAUGGGCCGAAAAGUGAAGAAAACAAUGAUGAAGAAAAUGAUGUUGACUGGGUGUUGAUAGUCUGCUUGGUGGUUGGAUUCUUUAUUGGGUUCUGGGUCAUUGUUGGACCUUUGGUGGUGAACCAAGUAUGGAGAAGCACAUAUUUUGGGUUUCUGUACAAAGUAUGGAGCACGCUUUGGGUCAAGUUAAAACUUAUGUAGGUAAUGUUGUAUCAUGUUUCCAUCCGUCAUUAAUAAGGAAUA